AUGACACGCAGACUUUUGACAAGACACGGAAUUGUGGUUCCGAGAACUGUUGUAUCAGACGUACUGAGAAACUUGGAUCCCGAGGGUGUCUCAAGAAGAAGAAGACAUCAGUUCAGCAGGCGGAUACAUAUUAAUAAAGGACCAAAUUAUUUGAUACACAUCGAUGGAUAUGAUAAAUUGAAGCGUUACGGAUUUCCUAUUCAUGGGGCAAUUUGUGGUUUCUCCCGUCGGAUUUUAUGGCUGAAGAUAGCAAAUACCAACAACAAUCCGAAAAUUAUAGGGACGUUUUUCUUGGAAUACUUGAACGAAAUUAAAGGUGUUCCACGAUGUGUUCGAAUGGACGGUGGAACAGAAAACAUUUUGGUUGAAGACAUGCAAAAGUCAUUUCGAUGGGAACAUGAAGAUGAAAUGGCAGCAGAAAACAGCGUUAUAAAAGCGCCCUCCCACUCCAAUCAAGUAUAUUGA